AUGAAUUUUAUUUUUGUAUUCAUUUUCACUCUUGCAUUUGCCCAAGAUAAGAAAAAACAGACAGGAGAAGAUACAGUUGAUGUUAAUGCAGAAGAUGAGAGAGCAAUAUUGAUGAAAGAGUGGGAUGAACACAUGGUAGGCUUUGUUCCUUCAGAUAUGGUGACUUUUGAGCUGCCUGCAAGAGGGGAAGAAAUUUUCUUUGAAAAUAUUGAUAUCAUCCCUUCAAAAAUCCGUGGAGCAUGGUUCAUCACUAGCAAAGAAUCUAAGGAUGUUGAAUUCUCUAUUUUGGACCCAAACAUGAAAAUUGUGUUUGAAAAAAAGAAAAAGCCAGAAGCAAUUUUCUACUUCAAUGCAGAACAAGUAGGGAUGUACACAUUUAAAUUCAAAAAUAUAUUUUAUUUAUUAAAAUUGGACAAAAAAAUCAUUAAUAACUGCCAAUGACUUAUUUUAAUUAGAACUGUAUACAAAAGUAAUACAAAAGCACACAGUGACUUUUGCGUUAAAUUGUGGCAAUUCAACUGAUGAAGUUCUUCAAUCUGAACAUCUGACUCCACUUGAAUCUCAACUUGUGGAGAUACAAAAAUCAAUAAAAGAUUUUCAAGUCGAUAACCAAUUUGCUCAGCUCAGACAAGAGUCACACUACAGGACAGUGGCAGAUUCCAACAGAAAUGUUUUUAUUUUCAGCUCUUUAGAAAGCCUUGGAGUGAUUGCAGUCAGUGCUUGGCAGGCUUACUAUAUCAAAAGGCUUCUAGAUAAUAGACGCGUUCUUUAA